AUAUAAGGUUGUAUGGGUUUUGCCUGACAGCGGAUUUGCGGCGUUUUGGACUCUGGAGAGUUGAGCGGGCGUGUGGGGGUCUCGGAACCCCUUCACUCCGGGGCGGCCCACCGCUGGCCGAGGUGUCUGGGGUGAAGUAAAGGGAGCUUCGGGCUGGGGAAGGGGGAAAGUUGCGCAUCUGGGACUCUGAGGAGGCGGGCAGCGGUGGGUCUGGGCCCCGGGAGAAGGGGCCUCAUGGCUUCGCUCGUAGAAGGAAGAGCAGAAGGUGGAUCUUAGAGAAACCAUCCCACGCCAAAUAUUCGGAAGGCGUCUGUGCUUCUUCUCGUGACCUGAUUGGUGUCUCGGUGCUACCCACCCGUGGCCUGGGAUAGUCACGUGUAACAGUGGAGAUGCCGAGUACCCAGCAUUGCGUUUCUUAAGGCCUUUCCCCUGCGUUAUGACUUGAAGAUAAUACAUAAGUGCAAUAGAGCAGAUCUGUACCCACGGAGGAGUCUUUUAAAAGCAGGGCACAGGGUUCUGGUCGCAACCGGUCUCCGUCUCUGCCUUAAUCCCUGGCUGCUGUUUCCGCCGCGAUGAGCGCCCGCCCUCCCCCGACCCCCUCUGACCCUGAGCGGCGAGUCCGGAGCACGCUGAAGAAGGUCUUUGGGUUUGACUCCUUUAAGACGCCUUUACAGGAGAGGGCGACCAUGGCUGUAGUGAAAGGUGACAAGGAUGUGUUUGUGUGCAUGCCCACGGGGGCAGGAAAGUCCCUCUGCUAUCAGCUGCCUGCUCUGUUGGCCAAAGGCAUCACCAUUGUGAUCUCUCCUCUCAUCGCUUUGAUUCAGGACCAGGUGGACCACUUGUUGGCCCUGAAGGUACCAGUGAGUUCCCUGAACUCGAAGCUCUCGGCACAGGAGAGAAAGGAGCUGCUCUCUGACCUGGAGCGAGAAAAGCCCCAGACCAGGCUUCUGUACAUCACCCCAGAGAUGGCGGCUUCUGCCUCCUUCCAGCCCACACUGAACUCCCUGGUGUCCCGCUGCCUCCUCUCCUACUUGGUGGUGGAUGAAGCUCAUUGUGUUUCUCAGUGGGGACAUGACUUCCGUCCUGACUACCUGCGUCUGGGUGCCCUGCGCGCCCGCCUGGCACAUACCCCAUGUGUGGCUCUGACAGCCACAGCCACCCCGCAGGUCCAAGAAGACGUGUUUGCUGCCCUGCACCUGAAGCCACCCGUUGCCACCUUCAAGACACCCUGCUUCCGGGCCAACCUCUUCUACGAUGUGCAGUUUAAGGAACUGAUUUCUGACCCCUUUGGAAACCUGAGGGAUUUCUGCCUUAAGGCUCUUGGACAGAAGACCAAUAAAGGGGUGUUGUCCGGCUGUGGCAUUGUCUACUGCAGGACCAGAGAGGCCUGCGAACAGCUGGCUAUGGAGCUCAGUUGCAGGGGUGUGAGUGCCAAGGCUUACCACGCAGGGCUGAAGGCAUCUGAUCGAACGCUGGUGCAGAAUGAGUGGAUGGAGGAGAAGGUCCCUGUAAUUGUUGCAACCAUCAGUUUUGGGAUGGGAGUGGACAAGGCCAAUGUCAGGUUUGUCGCCCACUGGAAUAUUGCCAAAUCUAUGGCUGGUUACUACCAGGAGUCUGGCCGGGCUGGCAGGGACGGGAAGCCUUCUUGGUGCCGUCUCUAUUACUCUAGGAGUGACCGGGACCAGGUCAGCUUCCUGAUCAGGAAGGAAGUGGCAAAACUCCAGGAAAAGAGAGGGAACAAAGCAUCUGACAAAGCCACUCUCUGUGCCUUUGACGCCCUGGUGACCUUCUGUGAAGAACUGGGGUGCCGCCACGCUGCCAUUGCCAAGUACUUCGGGGACGCACCGCCUGCCUGCAGCAAAGGCUGUGACCAUUGCCAGAACCCUGCAGCCGUGAGGAAGCAGCUGGAUGCCUUGGAGCACAGCAGCAGCUGGAGCAAGACCUGCAUCGGGCCCUCCAAGGGGAAUGGCUUUGACCCUGAACUCUACGAGGGAGGCCGCAGGGGCUACGGGGGCUUCAGCAGGUACGACGAGGGCUCUGGAGGCAGCGGGGACGAGGCCAGAGACGAGGCCCACAAGCGGGAGUGGAAUCUCUUCUAUCAGAAGCAGAUGCGCCUGCGUAAGGGCAAAGACCCCAAGACAGAAGAGUUUGUGCCCCCAGACGAAGACUGUCCGCUGGAAGAGGCUUCUAGCAGGAAGAUCCCCAGGCUCACUGUGAAGGCCCGGGAGCACUGCCUGGGGCUUCUGGAGGAGGCUCUGACCAGUAACCGCCAGGCCACGGGCACUGCUGACGGAGCCAGCCUUCUGGCCAAGGCUGUGGAGCUGGAACACGAGAUGUUCCGAAAUGCCAAGAUGGCCAACCUGUACAAGGCCAGCGUGCUGAAGAAGGUAGCCGAGAUCCACAAAGCCUCCAAGGAUGGGCAGCUCUAUGACACGGGAGGCGGAGCCAAGAAGCGCAGUGCCCAGGCCGAACCCUCAGAGCCCAGCGAGUACGACAUUCCUCCGGCCUCCCAGGUGUACUCGCUCAAAGCCAAGCGGGUGGGAGCUGGUUUCCCCAAGGGCUCCUGCCUCUUCCAGACGGCCACUGAGCUGAUGGGAAAGACUCAGCCCCAGGACGAAGCCCCCCAGCCCGUGCAGGGAGAGGAGCAGGAGCCCCCCAGCCAGCCCUGUGCUCCCCAGGACGAGGGCUGCAGUGAGCCCCUCUCUGGGCCCAGACCAAAGGCCUCUGGAGGUGGUGCCCAUUGUGGGGGGCCCUCCCCUGAGAAGAAGGCAAAAGGCUCCCCGGGGAGCCAGUCUGUUGCCAAGACGUCGGCCAGCAAGAAACAGCAGCUCCUGGCCGCAGCGGCUCGCAAGGACUCUCAGGACAUCACCCGCUUCUUCUGCCAAAGGGCGGGGAGCCCAGCCCCGGCCACGUCAGCCCCGGGGGCAGAAGACGCCAGCCCCUCCUGUGAGGGGGUGCAGGAGACGCCCCCGGAGAAGUGCGCAGAGGAAGAGGAUGGAGCUCGAGCCCAGGGACGUUUGCCUGCCCCUCUCCAGACUGAGGAGCGCCCUGGGGCGGGGCCGGGGAGCCAGGGGCCUCCAGCACCCCAUCCUGGGCCCCCAGAGGAGACACAGGGGGGCAAGCGGCCUAGACCCCAACAGGACGACCCAGAGAGCCAGGCUCAGAAGAGGCCGUGCCCCUCAGCCAAGCGCUCUGUCUUAGCUGAGGCCAUGGUCAGCAUCCCGGCCAGUGACCCGGACAGCCGGAACCCCACUGCCCAAGGCCCCAGCCAGCCGUCAGCCCCUGGCAUCCCCCUGAAGGAAGCCGCGAACGUCGUGGUCAAGUGUCUGACGCCCUUCUACAAGGAGGGCAAGUUUUCAACCAAGGAGCUGUUUAAAGGCUUCGCCCGCCACCUGUCCCACCUCCUGACUCAGAGGCCCUCUCCCGGAAGGAACGUGAAAGAGGAGGCCCAGAACCUCAUCAAGCAGUUCUUCCACGGCCGGACCCGGUGCGAGAGUGAGGCUGACUGGCACGGCCUCUUUGACCCACAGAGAUGACCCCGCCGCGACUGUGCCCUCCCAGACUGCCGCGCACCAGCCUGGCCUCGCUCUCCAGCGGGGGGCCGGCGGGCUCGCUGGUGCCAAGGGCACUUUCUCAGGGUCUUUCCUCUGUCUAACCACAGCUUGCUUUGGGGAUGGCCCCAGACACCUCCCAAAUCUAGAUCAGAGGCCAGGGGUCGGCCCGCCUUCCUGCCUCCUAAGCCUGUGGUCCCGUCUCGCCCUCCCUGCCUCUCCUGGCCCCCAUGGCUUGGUUCUCUGGUCGGACGCCCAAGCUAGAAGGUGGGUGGCUGGUGUGCCUGCCGCUGGGUGGGAGGGAGGAGUGGCUCCUCCCUCUCUUGUCAGAAUUGUAAGCCAGGGUGAGGCCCACCUGUCCAGGUACUGGGGCCUACUCAGGGGGAGCCCUUGCCAGGCCCCUUCCCUGAGACGCCCCAGGCACAGAGCUUGUGGGAAGAGGGGCAGCAGCCGGCCCUGCUCCCUGCCCAGCUGCUGGUCAGGAAGGCCAGGCCCCACCGAGAUGUUUACAAGACGAAUAAAGUCGCACGCGUGUGUCCGGGUAAACACGUGCGUGCACACAGCCCUUUUCU